CUCUCUUAAUCUGUGGUAAAAUUUGUAGGUGUUUGACGCUAAAGACAAUUUUUAUUCAGAUUAAAUUCUGAGAUAUGACUGCGUUUGAAGAAUUCGGGGUCCUUCCCGAAUUGGGGAAGGCUAUAGACGAAAUGGAUUGGACCCUUCCAACAGAUGUACAAGCAGAAGCUAUACCACUUAUCUUAGGUGGAGGUGACGUGCUCAUGGCAGCAGAGACCGGUAGUGGUAAAACCGGCGCUUUCUGCUUGCCAAUAUUGCAGAUAGUAUGGGAAACACUAAAAGAUAUACAAGAAGGAAAAUCUAGUAAAGCUAUACAACAGAUUUCAACAGAGUGGACAAUGUCUUUUUUUGAUCGCACUGACGCCUUAGCAGUGACUCCAGAUGGCCUUAGAUGCCAAUCUCGAGACGCUAAUGGCUGGCACGGAUGUAGGGCCACCAAGGGAGUGCAUACGAAGGGUUCCUAUUAUUUUGAAGCUAUGGUUACUGAUGAAGGGUUAUGCCGUGUUGGCUGGUCUACUCAGGCUGCAAGAUUGGAUCUAGGUACAGAUAGACUGGGAUUUGGAUUUGGUGGAACCGGCAAAAAGUCUAAUGCAAAGCAGUUUGAUGAUUAUGGCACAGCUUAUGGAAAAAAUGAUGUCAUUGGUUGCCUGUUGAAUUUAAACAAUGGUGAAAUUAGAUACACUAAAAAUGGUGAAGAUUUCGGUGUAGCUUUCAAAUUAGACCAAUCACGUCGUGCAGACUGUUAUUUUCCAGCAGUUGUUCUUAAAAAUGCAGAAAUGAGCUUUAACUUUGGUGCCUCCCCCUUGAAGCACCCCCCUACAGGAGAUUACAUUGCAGUAUGCCAGGCCCCAAAGGAAUAUGUGAAACAUAAUGUAGUUUCUGCUGUUGCGGCCACAGGAGCUGUAAAGAUAGUUAAUAAUGCCCCACAGGCAAUAAUAAUUGAGCCAUCGAGAGAGCUAGCGGAACAGACUUGCACACAAAUAGCAAUGUUCAAGAAACACUUGGACAACCCGAAGGUGCAAGAACUGCUAGUGGUGGGUGGUAUCAACGUGAAGGAUCAAAUAAAUCAGUUGAACUCUGGUGUUGAUAUCGUCGUCGGUACACCUGGUAGACUAGAAGAUCUUAUUCAGGGAGGUUAUUUAGCUCUUACACAUUGCCGAUUCUUUGUACUGGACGAGGCGGACGGACUCCUGAAAUCUGGCUGCGGGGAACUCAUUGAGAGGCUUCACAGACAAAUACCAAAGAUCACAUCGGACGGGCGACGUUUGCAAAUGGUCGUGUGUUCCGCGACGUUGCACGCGUUUGAAGUUAAAAAAAUGGCGGAGAAGCUCAUGCACUUCCCGACUUGGGUAGAUCUGAAAGGGGAAGACGCCGUGCCAGAGACGGUACACCACGUCGUUGUCAAUGUCGACCCACAGAAGGACCGUACCUGGGAAAGUCUUAGAAAGCAAAUAACUACUGACGCUGUACACGCAAAGGACAAUAUCCGCAGUGGGAACACAACUCCGGAAACACUGUCUGAAGCAGUCAAACUUCUCAAAGGAGAAUACUGUGUACGUGCUAUAAGGGAGCACAAAAUGGAUCGGGCAAUUAUAUUCUGUCGUACAAAACUUGAUUGUGAUAACAUGGAACGGUACCUUAAGUCCUUUGGCAACGAAUUUUCCUGUGUUUGCCUGCACGGGGACCGCAAGCCUGCUGAGCGCAAGUCCAACUUAGAAAAGUUCAAGCAGAAACAGGUCAAGUUCCUCAUAUGCACUGACGUGGCCGCCAGGGGCAUUGAUAUAUCCGGACUGCCUUUCAUGAUCAACAUCACCCUCCCGGAUGAGAAGUCCAAUUAUGUCCAUCGUAUUGGUCGUGUCGGUCGCGCUGAACGUAUGGGUCUAGCUAUCAGUCUUGUUUCUACUGUACCGGAAAAGGUGUGGUACCACGGUGAAUGGUGCUCGUCUCGCGGCCGCAACUGCUGGAACACAAACCUCGUUGACGACAGGCCGAAGGGAUGCUGUAUGUGGUACAAUGAGCCACAGUAUCUAGCAGACAUCGAGGAUCACUUAAACAUAACAAUACAACAAGUUGAGAAUGAUAUGAAGGUGCCUUCCAACGAGUUUGACGGAAAGGUUGUCUAUGGUCAGAAGAGAAAACAAGCAGGUUCCGGAUAUCAGGAUCACGUAACACAAAUGGCACCAGUCGUACGAUCGUUACAAGAGCUGGAGUCGCAGGCGCAGAUUUAUUACUUGAAGAAUCAUCAUAAUGUUGCAGUUGCCUAAUUUCUCAUUUCGAUUUAAAUUGUCAGCAUUAACUUAAAAACUGUAACUUUUGUCGGUUUAUAUUUUUUUGUACUAGUUGGUAACUUAAACUUAACUUGUCCUUCCUGAAUGCCCUAGCUAAAUAACCAAUUCACUUAAGUUAGUUGAAAGGCCGGAGAGUAACAUAGGUUACUUUUUAUCCCAGGACAACAAACAGUUCCCGCAGGAUUUGUAAGAAACCGCAAUAAAACAUGGUCAAAAGCUAGUAUUAAAUGUUUAAAAAUGUGAAAAUCAAGUCAUAGGUAAGGGAUAAUAUAAAUUGAUACAAUAAAAUUAUAAAACUAUUCCAAA